UUUUUUUUUUUUUUUAUUUCCUAUUUUUUAUGUGAAAGGAUAAUGCCAUUAACUGAAAGAAGUCCACUUAUUCCAUUUAACUAUGAUGAGGAAGAAGAAAUAAGUCUUAUACAAAAAACUCUUACUUUAGUUUGUUUCGUGAUCGCUUUAUUAAUAGUUGUAUUAAUUUUUAUAACUCCACAUAAUAAUUCUGAAAGUGGUUUACCAAGUGAUAUUUCAAAUGUACCUUAUCAUUAUAUGUUAAGUCACAAAAGUUAUAUACAUUUUGGUUAUUUAAUCGAAACUUUACCAAUAGAAUAUAAUGAUGAUGAACAAUCUGAAUUUGUUUUAUUGGCAGAAAUUGUUUCAUUAUCAUCUUGGACACUUGGGAAUUAUGAAGUUCAUGAAGUUCGUAAAAAUAUAUCUACUGAAGAAUUUUUUCCUGUAAAAACUGUUGAUUCUUCUCUAAGUUUUUGGAUGAACGACGUUUAUAUUUCUUUUAAUAAAAAUCCUUUCAAAAAUUAUACGGAUUUAGAUGGUUUGAUAAUUCCUGAAUUAUGUAAUUAUAAAAUUACUUGGAAUUGGCUUUUUAAUGGACAUUUAUAUAGAAAGUGUGAACUUGCAAAUGAAGAAUCAUACUCUCUUAUAUCUGAUAUUGUUGGAUCUACUUCUUGGGGAUUAAGAUUUAAAAAUCCUGAUGGUGAUGAUGUUUACGCUAAAACUUCUGUAACUGAUUAUUGGUGGAAUAUGCACAGAAGGGAUGUUGAUGUUAGUCCUUCAGCUCCAUUUCCUCCAGUAAUACCCGCUAUUUAUUCUGCUUAUUAUGAUACGAUUCAACGUAAUCGUGAAAAUAAUAACAGAAGGAAUUAAAUCAAAAAACCUUAAAUGGUUUAUAAAUUAUUAUAUUCCUUCCCCUCCCCCCCUCUCCCCCUCUCCCUCCCCUCUCCCUCC